AGUGGAAGGGGGGGUCCCUGCGGGAAAGCCUGCCCAGCCUGCCCUGACGGGGAAAAGCAGCGGUCGGGCACCGCAGCGACGCCCACCCUCCCUGCAGGCUGAGCCAUGCCUCCCGCUGCACGCCCGGGGCUCGCCGCCAGCCCCCUGCCGGCCACUCGCGGCCCGCUGCCGAGCUGCAGGCACGCGGCUCCCGGGGCGAGAGCAACGAGCGGGGGCUAUUGUUCGCUUUUGUGUGAAGGGCGGGGGGAGGCUGGUGCACGCCCAGCCCCGGCCCUAGGAAGGCGGGGUGGCGGCCGGGGGGACGCACAGUCAGGGGAGGGGGAGGCAGGCGCCCAGCGGCACUUGCCAGGCACCCCCGGCGCUGGGCACGGGAACCCCGCGGUGAGCCCAGGCCGGCGAGCAGCAGCCUUGCAGCAGGGCCGCCGCGCCCCCGCCUCUCGCUGCCUUGCUGGGAGCAGCCAUGUGUGCGCGCCAUGUGCUGCGGGCGGCCGGGCGGGCGCGCUUGCUGCCGAUGACAAUCCCGGGCGCAGCAGGUGCGGGAGGGCGGGGGGAGCCCGCGGGGGCGCGGAAGACACACGGCCGCUGAUGCUGGGCGAGAGGAGGCUGAGCAUCUCUGCCCCUCCAUGUGCUGACGGAACAGCAGCAGGAGAAGGACAACCCAAUGGAGUACAAUCACAUCUACGUCCACAACGGCUCCCUCCUGGCUCACCACAAGUAUGGCUGUGGCUUGGGAUAUGUACCUGUCAUAUACUACAGCUUGCUGCUCUGCCUCGGGCUGCCAGCAAACAUCCUGACAGUCAUCAUCCUGUCGCAGCUGGUGGUUCGCAGGCAGAAGUCCUCCUACAACUAUCUUUUAGCACUAGCUGCUGCUGACAUACUGGUACUUUUUUUCAUUGUCUUUGUUGACUUUUUGCUGGAGGACUUCAUCUUGAAUAAGCAGAUGCCUCAGAUAUUGGACAAAAUAAUUGAGGUAUUGGAAUUUUCUUCCAUACAUACGUCCAUUUGGAUUACCGUGCCAUUAACAAUUGAUAGAUACAUAGCAGUAUGUCAUCCGCUUAAAUAUCACACUGUCUCCUACCCAGCUCGUACUCGAAAAGUCAUUGUGUGUGUGUAUAUCACCUGCUUUUUGACCAGCAUUCCCUACUACUGGUGGCCCAAUAUUUGGAUUGAAGACUACAUAAGCACAUCUAUACAUCAUGUCCUUAUCUGGAUCCACUGUUUUACUGUUUACUUGGUACCGUGUUCCAUUUUCUUCAUUCUGAAUUCAAUCAUUGUGUACAAGCUCAGACGAAAAUGCAAUUUCCGACUGAGAGGAUAUUCCACAGGGAAAACAACAGCCAUUUUGUUUACUAUAACUUCUAUUUUUGCCAUACUUUGGGCACCAAGAAUAAUCAUGAUACUGUAUCACCUCUAUGUAUCACCUUUAAACAACACUUGGUUGGUACAUAUUGUCUCAGAUAUUGCCAAUAUGCUAGCACUGUUGAACACUGCAAUUAAUUUCUUCCUCUACUGUUUCAUUAGCAAGAGAUUUCGCACAAUGGCAGCUGCGACACUAAAGGCUUUCUUUAGGUGUCAGAAACAACCAGUUCAGUUCUAUACAAACCAUAACUUUUCAAUAACUAGCAGCCCUUGGAUUUCCCCUGCCAAUUCUCACUGCAUCAAAAUGCUUGUUUACCAGUAUGAUAAAAAUGGAAAACCUAUAAAAAUAUCACCAUGAAAAGAAGGAUUGUUGGUGUCUCUGGAUGCAUCUUCUUUUCAAGCCGUUACAUCACCAGGAUGUAAACUGCUGACAUGGCUAUUUUUGAAAGUGGUCAGUUGAUUUCAUUUCCCUGACAGACUAAAGGCAGAUCAGACUGUAGGCAGAGAAUGGGAGUACUUCAUCUGGGGAGUCGGAAUGAGAAGGCAAAAUGCCUCUUUCCUGUUACAUAGCAUUUUGAAUAUGCUUUGGAGUACAAGUCUUUAUGUUAAUUUGCUAUCAAGUGUCCAUGUGCAAGCAUUGGUGCAGUACAGUUGUUGGGGGAAAAGCCACGCCGAAGUUGUUUAAUUGCAACCAUAAAAAAACUCCUGUGACCAUGUAGUUGUCUUCACUAUUGACAAAGUGAAUGCUUUACGUACUGUGGAAGGUAUCAUUUGCACUGCGUGCACUUGCCUAAAACGAUGUGUCAUUUCUAACAUGAAAUAUCGCUACACGCAGUCCCUGCUAUUGAGGACUUUCUGCAGUGAGCAAUCUGGAAGACAUUUGAACUGUGACAAGCCCUUCCAAGCUCACUUGAACUCCAGGCUUGAACUCAAGGCUCAAGGACGGAUAUUUCACCUGUUAUAGUCUUGGCAUGAAAAGCAAUCCUGCAAGCUGCCAAUAUUUAUAUGCUUUACGUUGUUUUAUCGAAGAUAGCGGCCAGAGGAGAGGAGUCUGAAAGGAAGGGGAAGGAGGUUUCUUCAGCCAAGAACAAAAGUAGAAUAUUUCUCCAGUGACUUUAAUUAGACUCUCCAAAAGCCCAUAAAUUCGGGGCCCAGUCCUGCAAGGUACAGCGGUCCCAUGGGGCCCGAUUCUGUGAGGUGCUGCAUGUACACUGAGCAACAUUUUGUAAUUAAUUUCAGGGAGAUUUGGGUUGGGAGGCCCCUGGGUGUGUGAGCCCUCUCUGCAGUUACCCCAGAGUGUCUCUUGGGGCUGACCUGGUUCCUGGAGUCCCAGCUCUCUAGCCACAACAUGGAGAUGGGGUCCUCCCCUUGUGAUGUUGCUCCCCUUCCCUGGCCCUUGCACUGUUGGAUUGCCAGCCUCAAGGUCCCGCUCCCACACUGCAGGAGAUAACAUCAUUAAAUCAGGAGUCGGACAUUUUUUGGUUAUAAACAGGAGUCUCCCUGACAUGCUAGGAUACUUGGUGAGCCUAGCUAUGUGUUUAAUGAGAAAUAUGGACACCACAACUCCCAUUGGAGCCAGUGAAAAUACUCAGCACCCCCCUUGACUGGGCCUUUAGAAAUUAUACAUACAAAAAUUAAAUAUUAGAACUUGUUUGGGCUAUGCUAUCACAGAUUUACCGUUUAGUUGUUUAGUUUAAUAGUCAAAAAUCUGUGUGUGGAUUCAACAUAUUAAAGACUCCACAACAGUAAAAACAAAGACUACCAAAAAUGCAGGGCAGUGAAUUUUAAGGUACUUUAAUUAGGAUAAAUAUUUAAAUUCUCUUCCUCCACACUCAUAAGAAGCAUUUCAGGAACUCUGGUAGAAGACACAGGAAGAAGAUAUCUACAUCAGGCUACUGAGAGGCAUUUCAUUUGCUAUUAUCCCUCUUUGUUGUUGGUAUGUGGUCUCACAAAGCAUGCAUCAUAACAUGUGAAUUACUUGUGGAGCACUUAACACAGGCCUUAACAAAGAGUGUAAGAUUAUGUUUCCUUGCCUGGUAAACACAGUCACAGCUUUGUCUGUGAGCAUAGGGGCUUCUCAACUGAUACCUGCAAAAAAGAGGGAAGCUCAGGGUUUGCAAAGUGUCAGUAUAUGUGCCUCAUUGUGAGCAGGAAGCUCACAAAAGACCCAAUGCUGUGACAUCCUGAGAUCCUCCGAGAGGGGGAAUAGAGGGCACUCAGCACCUCCUAGAACUAGGCUCAAUAAAAUCUGUAGGUAUUGAACAGUCUGCCAUACCUUGAAGUCUUACUAUGUUUUAAGAAAUGCUGAGUACCCACGAGUCCCAACAGCCUGAUUCCCCACUACCUUGCUCCUCAUGUAGCCAUUUACUCUUGUGUAAAGUGAGUGCAAAGUGGAUGUAUACAGCCACCAAAUAAGAAUGCACCGUGCACAGACAUAAAUGACAACACAAGGCACAGGAAAGAUCAGAUGAUUGAGGUGAUAUACUUUAUUGGAUCAACAUCUGUUGGUGAGCGAGACAAGUUUUCGAGCAUACAAGUAGAAAGCAGUAAAGUAUGAAGUCCAAUUUAUCUGGUCCGACAGAUCUUUACCUACAUUAGAGUAGGGCUUAUUUGGGAAAGAAUGAGACUACUCAAGCAGUAAGGAUUUGUAAAAUUGGGUCCAUUAUGCUCAGAUCCUCAGCUCCACUGACUUCAGUGUGAGUCUAGGGUGCUCAGUAUUUCCCUGCAAGGUGCUAAGCACCUCCUCUAUCAGGCUGCUGAAUUAUAUAGUCUAAUGAUUUUUCAGUUCAAUCAGAAAGGGGUGGGGGAUGGGGGGGAAUGUGCCUGAGAACAGAAUUUGACCCUUUCCCCCAAAGCAGCAUGGCAAGAAUUAAAUCUUUUGAAAUAAGAAGAGAGGAAAAAAACAAGCAAACAAAAACCCACCCUGUGAUCUUUUCACACUAAUCUUGACAAAACGUGAUGUAUGCAAAACAGUAAUUGCAAUAAUAAAGCAUAAGGAAACGCUAGGUCUCUGAAUGUGUCAUUACCGACAACUAAAUAAGGGUAAAAUUAUUAGCUUCUUUACUACUGAUUUACUUAUUUAUUUAUUAGUCUUUGUCCUUUUCCCCGCCAUUCCUCAAGCUCUCUCUUUAUUCUCCUUCUGUGUAAAUUGAUAUUAACCAAAGUUUACCUUUUUUAAAAAGGUACUAGCUAUUUAAUUUUGGGGAAGACACUGUAUUGAUCUCUUUUUUAUUUUAAAUUUGUUAUGAAGAAUGCUAGUCUGAGUUACAUGUGAAUAUGUCAAAGUGCAAUAUACCUAUAUAGAGUAAGUUAUUCAUUUUUGAGAACGUUAUCUAAUAUUGAAAACAAAAUGUAUUUAUAUGAACAUUUCACUAUUCUACUUAAUAUAUUAGUAACCUUACAUAAGUAAUUGAAUGUUUAAGUUUUUUUAAAAGAUGCAUAUAUUUCAGUUCAGUAUAUGGAAUAAUCUGCCAUAUACAUUGUGUGAUUUAUUACUUUUCUUACCAUGAUGUUGGUCCUGAAAACUAGCAGUGUAAUCUCUCUUUUGUUUCCUACUUAUAUUUUUUAUUUUAAUAAAUGGCCAUAUUUAAAAUUUUAAAACUCUUAGUGUGAGGAUUUGAUUUCUGAACUAAAGAUAUUCCACCAGGUUAUUGUAAUCUUGUUUUUUUAAAAAAACCUCACUACCAUUUUCAUAUCAGUCUUUGAAAUACCAUGGUAUUACUUUCAUAGGUAUUUAAUCAACCAGUUCAUUUCCAAUAAUUUUGGGGCUUUAAGGGCUCGAUUCAAAGCCUCAUUGAAGUCAACAAAAAACCUCCCACUGGUUUCAAUGGGGUUUUGAUUAGGCCAUAACUUAUUAACAAUAAACAUUCUGAAGACUUUUUUGUGAGGGGACAGUUUGGGAAAUAAAGCCUUGACUUUUUAGUCCACUAUAUGAGAGCUGCUGUUGACGAUCCUUGCCUUUUUUAGUUUUGUGAAGCAUCUUGCAAUGACUGUUGUUAACUAGCCAAUGUCUUGCUGUAUUCUUUGUACCACCUAAUUUUCCUAUAGUAAAAACUUAACCAAGCACUCUCUGUCUCACUAUUUAGGAAAAUAAAAUAUUCUGGAGACAGAAGUAUCUUGGUUGCAGAGAGGGGAUUUUGUACUUGUUUUAUUGUUUUAACUUACAUUUCAAAUACCUACAAUUAGGGGGGGGGAAAAAAGCUGUGAACAGAGAGUCUAACAAUUACUUGCAGGCAUAUGUCCUUGAAAAAUCACAGCUAUGAACAAAGUCAUUUUUAAACACAAUGCUGAGUAUAUAAUAUUAUAAUAAUGAGACCUGUUAUCUAUUUGAAUUGUAAACAUUGAUAUUUUCAUAACUAGAGAAUAUAUUGUGUUUGACAAACUUGUUUGUAUUAUAAUAAAUUCUG